ACCACCACCACCACCACCGCCGCCGCCGCCACCACCACACACACACAGUGACGGCUGCCAGGCGCAGUGGGAAGCAAGCCGUCAGGGAGAGAGCUUGAGAAGAAAGAGAGGGAUCGCAGAGGGGAAGAGAAGAAAAGAGUUGGAGGAGGCACCUUGUGGAUCAGAGGGGAUUUUCCUCUGUGUGAGUGCGCGUCUGGAUAGGACUAUCUGCUUCUUCCUGAGCGAGAGGAGUUUUUACCAAGGCUUUUUCGUUUUGCUCAUCCUCCACGCCGGGCUCCAGCGAUAUCUACCUAUCUAUCCCCGGAGCUUAACAAAAGAGGGAGGGAGUGAGAGAGAGUGAGAAGAAAGGCAGUCACAGCUUCAGCUCCAGACCACCCUCUCUCCUCCUCCUCGUCCUCCUCCUCCUCCUCCUCCUCGUCCUCCUCCUCCUCUUCCCUCUCUCCAGCCUCACAUCCAUGUGUGAGUUCAUCGCUGAUUUCACUGUCUUUUGAGGAUAGAGCAGAGGACAGCGUGCGUUCUCCAGGAUACAGCCGAGCUCCCGGUGGGAUCAGGGUCUCGUCUGGUGUGAGAGAGAAAAAGAGAGAGAGUGAGGGAGCAAGAACGAGACAGGGAAACGGAUACACAGGAAGAGAGAAAGAGACAGAGAGAGACAAGAGUGAGAGACGCCGGAAAGCAAAUUGAGGGGCAUGUUCAGGGCAGCAGAGAAGAAGAGUGGGUCUGAUUUUUAGAGCGGAGAGUGCAGGGAACCGGCAACCGGAUCCCAUCCAUUCCUCCCUCCUCCUCCUCCUCCUCCUCUUCAUCAUCCUCUUCUUCUUCCCUUUCCUUUUACCCUCUCUCUGUCCUGCUCUUCAAUUCCCCCUAUUGUUUCCUGUGUUGCCUCCUACUAUCCUUUCAUAUCCUCCUAUCCUCACCUCCUUCUCCUCCAACCCCCCUUUUUUGCUGCCACUCCGGAUUCUCCCCGUCUCUUUCCAGAGCUGUCUCUCUUUGUGAGGUUCCCUGUGAGCUCCCAGACAAGUAGACAGACUAAAAUUCCCAAGUACUAUCUGUCCUCCUAUCCCUCCUUUCCUCUGUGCGUUUAUCACACACAGACCUCAGUAAGAGGAGAACGCUCUCUCUCUGCAUCCUCCGCUCUUGGAAAACAGUCGUGCGAAGGAUCCAGGCCAGCCCCUCGGAGCGAUCUUACCCCACCUGCGAGCUUCUAUCUCCAGCCUCCAGGACCUUCAAUUGGAUUCCAGCUACAUGGGAAAACGUUUGGAGCAGCAGCCAAUGUACCCCCACUACACCUACUACUACCCCCACUAUCUCCAGACCAAGCAGUCCUAUGCCCCUCCCCCUCCGCCCAUGGCUCCGCCCAGCCCCGGCACCACAGGAGGAGGAGGUGGAGGAGGAGGAGGAGGAGGAGGUCAUGGAGGAGGGCUAGUGGAGCAGCUUAGUAAGACCAACCUGUACAUCAGAGGCCUGCCGCCCGCCACCACCGACCAGGACCUCAUCAAACUCUGUCAGCCAUAUGGGAAGAUUGUGUCAACAAAGGCCAUCCUGGACAAGAACACCAAUCAAUGCAAAGGCUAUGGCUUUGUGGACUUUGACAGCCCUGCAGCAGCCCAGAAGGCUGUGGCCUCUCUCAAAGCCAGUGGAGUCCAGGCACAGAUGGCGAAGCAACAGGAACAGGACCCCACCAACCUCUACAUCUCUAACCUGCCACUGUCCAUGGAUGAGCAGGAGCUGGAGAACAUGCUGAAGCCCUUCGGUCACGUCAUUUCCACACGGAUACUGAGGGACGCCAAUGGCCUGAGCAGAGGAGUGGGCUUUGCUAGGAUGGAGUCUACAGAGAAGUGUGAUGUGGUGAUUCAAAAUUUCAAUGGGAAAUUCUUGAAAACCCCUCCAGGCAUGACAGCCCCUGCAGAGCCGUUGCUGUGCAAGUUUGCUGACGGAGGCCAGAAGAAGAGGCAGACCCAGGUCAAGUAUCCCCAGAAUGGCCGACCGUGGACACGAGAAGGAGAGAGUGGUAUGGCGUUGACGUAUGAUCCCACUGCGAUGCAAAAUGGGUUCUACUCUUCACCAUACAGCAUCUCCACUAACAGGAUGAUUGCACAGACGUCAAUCACACCCUUCAUCGCUGCCUCUCCCGUCUCGACAUAUCAGGUCCAGAGUACAUCUUGGAUGCCACAUCAACAGUAUGUUAUGCAACCUACAGGUGCUGUGAUCACCCCAGCAACGCCUAUAGAGCCCAGUUUGUCUCUUCACCCCUCCAGUGUAAUGGCUCCUCUCACCCAGCAGAUGAACCACCUGUCUCUGGGCACCACAGGCACCUACAUGCCUGCUGCAGCGGCUGCUCCUAUGCAAGGAACCUACAUUCCCCAGUACACUGCAGUGCCUGCCUCUGCCAUCACAGUGGAAGGCGUGGUGACAGACCCAUCUCCACAGACGGCUGCCCCCUCCUCCCAGGACGCCAGCGGGCAGCAGCCUUUAUCAGUGGAGAAUACAGGAGAUCAUGCCACAGCCUACUCUUACCAGCAGUCUAAAUAACGAGAUUGGUAGGAAUCAUUGCUGCAUUGCCUUUCGAAGGACUGCACUUAGGCGCUGGAGACACAGAGAGAAUCAAAAUGAAACGGGGACAAAAAAAAAGAGGUGACAUGGGCAACACUGAGGGGAGAAUGCUUCCACCGUGCACAGGCACCAAAUAAAAGACAAAAUGAAAAAAAAAAUCAAUUAUAUUUCUUACCUGGUUGAACCAAGAGAAAGACAGAGGAAAAAAGAAACGAUGGUUGGCUGAACUUGAGGACAAUGAAAUCAAACGCAGUCUGCACCUUUGAGUUUAUCAUUUCUCACUGUGAGACUGGACUUUGCCUCGGAAGGAAGACGAGAAAACAUAGACUGAAAUCUUAACUCAACCAACAAGCUGUACAGAAAAAAAGAACAUUUGAAUGUGCAGGUAGAUUUUCAGACUUUUUUAUUAAAAAAAGGAAGAAAGCAAAGUCUUGAAAAAAAAAACAGGUUGUCUUCCUUUGAUAUUAAGCUACAUUAUUUUCAUUCUUUUUAUUAUUUGAGUAGUUUUCUAGAAUAUCAAUGUUUUCGUAAAUCUUUAUUGCCUUAAUUUUCUCAAACUUUGGGAAAAAAGUUUCCAUAGUGUUGAAUUAUUAAAAAAAAGUGUGGUUGAAUGAGAGAGAGCCACCGAGAUGAAAUCUACAAAGCUAUUUGUACAGAAUUAAAAAAAACAAGGUUGUAAUUGUAUGAAGAUGAUUUUAAAUUAUGUGGUGCAGUGCAGCUGAUGUUGGUUGGUAGGACAAAAAAAAACUUCUUUAAUGCGACUGUGGGAAGGGUCAAUCCACUGCUUCCUGGAAAAUGCAGUUGAGUUAAAUCAUUGGAUAAAGGUUCUGUUUCUCCAUCACAUUUGUAUUUUUUGGUUUUUGAUUGCAGUCUUUUUACCUUCAAAAAGUUUUUGCUUUGCCUGCUUUGCUUGUCUCACUGCAAAAAGAAAAGUAAAAAAAAAAGGAACAUUUCUGACUUUGACAAAAAGCAGAAAAAAAAAACGCUAGGAUUUUUAAAUGUGCAAAAAGCAAUAGUUUUAGUAAAACUGUUGACAGUUUCUUGAGUCUUUCUUAAACGUUGAACAAAAGCAGCCAGCAGGUGGCAUAUUUUAUACCAAAGAUGAAGAAACUAGGUAGUGAAGAAAUCUUCCUUAUGUUGUUUUUUCUUUUUUUUUCUUUUUUACCUCUGAAACUGAGAUUUUCUUUCUUGUUGCUGUUGGUAUGUGAGAUGAUUUUAUCAGUGACUGAGAACAUGCAGUGGGUUUGUAACACAACUGCCUCAACCAGAAGAGCGUGCUCUGAGGUGUUUAGUAAUGAUCUGAAGUGUAACAUCUGUGGAGAGACCAGACACGCUGUGGAAUGGAGGAAGUGGAGGAGGUAGGUAUAUAAUUGGGAAAAAGUUGUUUUACUAUACUUUAGUGUUAAAGAGGCUGAAAUGCAUUAAUCCUGUGGAAUAUUGGUGUGUACUUUAAACCUGUGUAUACACCCUCUACAGGCUGCAUUGACCAAUCUCAAAUCCUCAUCAUAACAGCUAGCCAAAAUGUUCUAGACUUGAUUAUUUGAAAUGCACAGUCUGAGUCCAUUAGACAAACUGUUUUAUGCCACUGUCUUGCCAAACACAAGCCAUUUAAAAUGUGAGCAGGGCGAUGAUCUCUGUUAGAGGAAAGGGCAUUUCUGUUGAACGAAAUCAUGUCAGAUUAUGUAUAUUCGAAAAGAACGAGGAGAAAUAUUUUCUUUUUUCUUUUUUGUGUUGCCUUUUUUUGUCUUUUUUGAGAAUUGAUUAUGAUGUGUGAGCUGCUAAACACUUUUCAUCAUUAUGGAGUGAGGCAGUCUUGUGUUGGGUGGGUGUGGAAGAGGUACACCUCCAGAAUGAUAGCAGUUGACCAUCUGAAGCCAAGAUAAAGACAGUAAAUUGUUAUUCAUGACUUGGCUGUCUAAAAAGCAUCCUACAAGUCUUGUGAAUCUUGCCAAGUGACACGUGAGGAGACAAGUUUGUGGUUGCAGCCCCUUAAACAUUUUUUUUAAAAAUAUGAGAAUACUGCUCUCUUCUUAGAUAUGUAAAAUCUGUCCUCCAGCCCGUACAAACACAUAGGUUGUUUCUUCCUACCCUAUAACAGAUGCAUUUCCUAAAUAGUGCCCCAAGAUCCGUUGCCACAAGAUCAGCACAUGCUCAUACCUAAACAUAACAGUCAUAGUUUCAAACAUGUGGUUAACACUGUGAAACAAUCCCAGUUUGGUUAGGUUGUGCACAAACGAUACCUGAUUAAAGAUGCAAUGUCUAAUAACCGGCCACAUGCUCCCAAAUAAUGGGGGCAGUAUUUCUCCCUGUGCAAGACUUACAUGAUUUAGCCUCCAAAAUGCAGCAAUGCCACUGUUUUGAAGUUAAUGUGCAUUCAAUUAUUGUUGUUUAUUGUAAAAACACACAAUUAACCUGCAAUGUCCUCAAAGACUGUUGCAAUCAGGAUCCACUGGAGAGUUUAGCCCGAUCCUGACAGAUAUUACUCGUUUAGCAGAGGGGCAGAAAACAACAGCCCAGCAGAGAGGACGCACAGGCAGAUGUGAUGCGGAGUCAGGGCUGGGGAAGUUGCAGCCUGCUAGCUCCAUGGCUAAGCUAAUUUGGGAUGUUUUUAGUGGUCUGAAAUCACCAUAACGCUGCUGACCAUGCAGUAGUUCGUAACCUGCAGGCGCAUGGUUUGAGUAGCAUAAGAUUGUGAUUUGGGUUUAAAUAAGUACAUUUGGUACUUAACUUAUGUAUGUAAAUAACAUGUGACAUGAUAUGUGACAUAAGUAACUUAUAUAUAUAAGCUAAAAUAACUCAAAAUUUUCUUUUAGUUUCACAUGUGACACAAACAUCUGUUUCCUGGGAGAAAAUCCUGUUUGUUUGACCCAUCCAUCGACCCUGUCCCCCUCUCUCUGUAGCUCUUUGUACGAUAUCACCUGACUUCCUCCUUUGCACCAUAAUUGGUGGUGGUGGUCAUAUAUUACCAUGGCCACUAGAGGCUACCACCUACAGUAAACAUAAAUAUGGGUCAUAAUAACCUGCUUUUUAAAAUGACCUAUGUGGUUGUUAUUGGGGGAGGACAGCCUCAAGAUCUGGUAAUAACAAUGUGCAUUAUUUGUACUGAGUAAGAGAGCAUCUUUUGAGAAUAAAAACACGAUGGACUUUAACUGGCUGACGCCGUCUCUGAGGUCACACCCUAGAAGCCCCACCCACCUGACCCUCCACCAAUGAAAAGGAGCUAAUGGAACAGACGGACACGUAAAAAAAAAGCAUGGUUCAACCAAAAUCAAGCAGAUACAAACCUCUAUAGGAAAAUAAAUUAUUGAAGGGAGAGAGAAAGUAGAGAAAGCGAGAACAAAAGUAAUAUUUAUGAGAUCUUUUUUUGUACAGGUGUGUAAAAGAAGAUGCAACAGAAAUAACUUUGAUGAUGCUAUUUUUUUAUUUGCUUGGUCACAUGCCUCCCAUGUCUUUCAAAUUGUGAUUCUGAGAGUGUCUGUAGAACCAGUGGAUAUUGCUGUAGUUUCAAAUGUCUCUUCUUUUUGUUUUCUUUUUAGACAAAUCUUUCAAUAAAAAAAUGUUUAAAACAGUCAA